AGGCUGACCUCUCUGUCGUCAAAUUCUUUCGCGAUUCCAUCAGCUCGGCCUUGGGUUUAAUCGACAUUAUGCAUACAGUUCUUUAUUUUGGAGAUCAGACCGAUGGGUGGGUUGAGGGAAUCGAUCAGCUUCACCGUCAGGCUGCGACGACACCAUGGCUCAAGGACUUCUUCGACGACGUGCUCCGAGUAGUCAAGGAAGAAUCGCAGGGAAUGGAUGACGUCUUGACAGACAGCCUUGGUGAUUACUCCAGUCUCUUUGACCUGGCAGAUCGUUAUCGGUACUCCCCGGAUGAGGUCGGCAUGGCGCGAGCGGUUCUUCUGCAUGUCGUGAGAGCGGCAAUGCUGCUACAAUGGGUGAAGAGGGAACCGCAGCUUGUUAGCGAAACUGGUGUCAAGCCCGAACGGCUGGGAGUCUCUGGUGGACUCACAAACCUCGCCGCACUGGCUAUCUCCACAGACUUAGCGUCCCUGUAUGGUGCUGUGUUAGAGGUGGCCAGAGUGUUCGUUAGGCUCUGCAGGUUCACCUCUGUGCAAUCGAGGGCCAUGGAGGACCGUCCUGGAGUUUGGGGCUGCGCAGUCCUAGGGAUUAAACCUGAUGAACUUCGCAAAGUGCUCGAGCAGUUCCAGGAAAGCAUGGGAAUUCCGCCCAUCAAGAGAGCCAAGGUUGGGGUUACUGGAGAUCGUUGGAGCACUGUUAUUGGCCCACCCUCCGUUAUCGAGCUUGUUUUCAGCCAGUGUCCAUCCCUCCGAGAUCUCCCAAAGAAUGAUCUGAGCAUACAUGCCCUACAACACAUUGUGACUGUUUCCCAGGCGGACUUAGACUACAUUGUGGGAAAUUCAGACAAGCUAAAGACACCAGUCAUUCCCAACUUCAAGAUCUGGGGUAUGGAUGACCCGGAAGCGACUUACUCUAGCUGGGGUGACCUGUUGCGGGCCGUGGUUUUCCAGGUCUUGUCCUUGCCGCUGGACAUUACAAAAGUCAUGGGCCAGCUUAAUUCGUGCCUCACCUCGCUGCACGUAUCCGUCAAAGUGAUUGGCCCAAGUAGCCAUACCGCCUACCUCGCCAGUGUCCUGAAGAGCACUGGACGUUCGGUCACCUUUCACACCGACAAACUCUUAGAAAACGAACAUCCUCCCAGUGCCGGUCGUGUUGCCAUUGUAGGGAUGGCCGGAAGAGGCCCAGGCAGCGACAAUGUCGAGGAUUUCUGGAAUGUCAUCAUGUCAAAACAGGACCUCAGCGAAGAAAUUCCCGGCGACCGCUUUGAUUUAAAGGAGUUCUAUUGUGACGAGCACAAGGACACUUGUACAACAACAACACGGUUCGGCUGCUUCAUGAACAAGCCUGGGCAUUUUGAUUCACGGUUCUUCCACGUCUCACCCAGAGAGGCGCUGUUGAUGGAUCCAGGUCAUCGGCAGUUCCUGAUGAGCGCUUAUGAAGCACUCGAAGUAGCUGGAUAUUCUGACGGCAAAACGAAAGCCAUCAGCCCAAAACGCAUUGCAACCUUCUACGGGCAAUCUAACGACGAUUGGCAUAUGGUGAGCCAUCACACCCUCGGAUGUGAUGCAUAUACUUUGCAGGGAGCCCAGCGCGCGUUUGGAGCUGGUCGGAUUGCCUUCAACUUUAAGUGGGAAGGGCCCACCUACUCUCUUGAUUCGGCAUGCGCUUCUUCUACCUCUGCCAUUCACCUUGCAUGCAUGAGCCUCCUCACCAAGGAUAUCGACAUGGCCGUUGUAGGCGCCGCCAAUAUUGUGGGUUAUCCUCAUUCAUGGACCAGUCUCAGCAAAUCCGGCGUUCUAUCUGACACGGGCAACUGCAAAACCUUCCGUGAUGACGCAGAUGGUUAUUGCCGAGCCGAUUUCGUUGGAUCUGUCGUUCUCAAGCGCCUGGAGGAUGCUGUCGCUCAGAACGAUAACAUCCUAGCAGUUGUUGCCAGCUCUGGUAGAAAUCACUCGGGCAACUCCACCUCAAUUACAACUUCCGACGCAGGCGCGCAGGAGAGCCUGUUUCGCAGGAUUAUGCACACCGCUAGGGUUUCGCCGGAUGAUAUUUCAUAUGUUGAAAUGCACGGAACAGGGACCCAGAUCGGAGACCCCGCAGAGAUGGGUGCAGUCGUAAACGUUUUCAAGCAACGACAAGCCCAUACUCCUCUGACUCUUGGAGGCGUCAAAGCCAACGUUGGCCACAGUGAGGCGGCUGCAGGCAUGGCCUCGUUGCUAAAAUGCAUCAUGAUGUUCCAGAAAGAUAUAUUGCCACCACAAGCUGGAAUGCCACACACUCUAAACCCCAGAUAUCCGGAUCUUUCAGAAGUCGGCAUAGACAUUCCCUCAGAGCCGAAGCCCUUCACAUCUGUCGGCCAGAAACCAAGGAGAAUUCUUCUGAAUAAUUUUGAUGCAGCAGGAGGUAACGCAUCCCUCAUUCUCGAGGACUACUUAUCCCCAGUGAAAGAAGCCGUAGAUCCUCGCCCAACCCAUGUAGUCGCAAUCUCUGCAAGAACGCCGAAAUCAUAUCACGCGAACAAAGUUAAUCUCCUGGGAUGGCUACGCACACACGAGGAUGCCAGAAUCGAAGAUAUCGCCUAUACAACCACAGCCAGGAGGAUGCAUCACUCCAUCCGAUUUGCUUGUGCUGCAUCGACGGUACAAGAGCUGAUUAAGACUCUCGAGUCAGAUACGUCAAGCGCAACCCCAUCGCGACCCUCCUCUAUGGUCUUCGUUUUCACCGGCCAAGCAUCGCAUUAUCCUGGCAUGGGUGGCGAUUUAUAUACAACAUGUCCUCCGUUUCGCAAGACAGUGGACUUGUGCGCCUCCAUCUGCAAGGAGCAUGGGUUUCCAUUUUUCGAGGCAAUAAUUACCGAUAAGAAUAGUGAAAUUACUGAGGACGACACCACGGCUAUUCAGCUGGCUAUUGUCACGUUAGAGGUUAGCCUCGCUGCCUUCUGGAAAUCAUGCGGCAUUACACCAGCCCUCGUUAUGGGUCAUUCUCUAGGAGAAUAUGCUGCCCUCCAUGUUGCUGGCGUUCUUUCCUUGGCCGACAUGCUCUAUCUCGUUGGACAUCGAGCACGUUUGCUCUCUGAGCGUUGCGAAUCUGGUGCUUGUGCGAUGCUUGCCGUCGGAAUGUCACCAGAUGCUGUGAGGCAACUUCUAGAGACGCAGCCUCAUUCUUCAUGUACGAUUUCUUGCGCAAAUAGCCCUUACGCCACUGUUGUUAGCGGCACCGUCGAUGAUAUCGCCGAGUUACGCACCAUUUUGACAUGCCCUUCGAAAACAUUAGCAGUUCCCUACGGAUUUCACUCGUUCCAGAUGGAUCCGAUGCUAGACGACUAUAUUUCUUUGGCAAGAGGUGUUACUUAUUCAGCACCUAAGAUUCCCGUUUCGUCGACCCUGCUUGCAUCUAUCGUGGACAAACCUGGCACUUUCAAUGCACCGUACUUAGGUCAACAGACCCGACAACCUGUUGACUUCGUCGGCUCAGUUAAAGCUGUCACGGAUGUGCUUGACGACCCAAUCUGGCUUGAGAUUGGUCCUAGUCCAGUCUGUACCUCUUUCAUACGCGCAACUAUUUCUCCGCCCACUGAUAAGAUCCUGUCAACCCUGGACGGAAAGUCUGAGGCUUGGACUUCCAUAUCUAAGUGUCUUGCUGGCAUGUAUAAAAAUGGUGUUGCUGUUGACUGGAUUGCGCUGCACGGCCCGUAUACCGCGGGUUUGAAUUUGUUGACACUGCCAUCGUACGCAUGGGAAUUGAAGGACUUCUGGAUCACGUAUACCGAAGGAGAAGCGAAACUCAAAACGGUCGGCCCGGUCAACACCUCUGGGGCACCCAUAUCGACCUGUGCACAAUAUGUCGCACAGGAAUCAUCAACGCCACCAGAUCUGAUGGUGAAACUCCGAGCCCCAAUUGCUAGCCCAGGCUUCGAUGCACUGAUCAGUGGCCACCGAAUUCGAGGAGUUCCCAUUGUUCCAGGAAGCGUCUUCUGCGAAGCCGGCUUGGCCGCUGCGAAAUACGCCCUGCAGUCCCGCAAAGGCCGGAGGCUCGCCGAUAUACGACUGGCGCUCAGAUCUGUGACCCUGAAGCGACCAUUAACGCGACAGCUCGUUGGAUCCGACGGGGAACUUCUUACUGCGGUCCACGUCAACGAUUCUUCUGAAGAUAUCAAAGUCUCAUGGGAGGCUUCCUCACAGUGUUCCCUCCACGAGCUUGGCAGCGGUAUCGUGUCUAUUACUGAUCCACAAGAGCUUCAAGCCAAGUGGGAUCCGAUCUCCUACUUUGUUAGAGGCAGGAUGCAUGAGCUGAUCAAUAAAGUCAAAGAGGGGCAGGGGCAUAGGUUGCUCCCAGACAUCAUGUACGCCUUGUUCUCAAGUACCGUUGGUUACGCCCCGGCCUUCAAAUGUGUGAAGGAGGCGUUUAUAUCCAGCAAUUUUGAAGAAGCCGCCGCUGAGGUUAUCCUCCGUCCGAACCCGCAAGACACCCAUUUUGUUGCAUCACCUUACUGGGGUGAGAGUCUGGUGCAUCUUGCUGGUUUCCUGGUCAAUGGAAACCCUCAUCGUCUCGCCGACAAGACCACUCUCAUGAUGGAUAGCUUCGGGGCCUUUGAGCAAACAGUUGACUUCCAGCCGGGGAGGUCAUACUUCACCUACGUCCGCGUGUCCAAGCGAGAAAAGAGCACAAUCUACUGCGAUGUGUAUGUCUUUGACACUGAGAAGCUGAUCAUGCAAUGUUCUGCUCUUCGGUUCCACGAGGUAAAUAAUGAUAUCUUGGAUCGACUGUUGGGUAAUACCAAAACGCAACCCGACAACCGAGAUUCUUCCAAGAUGUCAUCAUCAACUGCCUUAAAACAACUGACGACGAUACCGCGAGACAAUGGUGAAGCUUCCCGUGCCAGCUCGCAACCUCUAAUGACGAAGCCAACGCAACGAAGCCAAGUUGAGACCGUUGAGCGUGCGAAGGCUAACAAUGCUACGCCUGAAGCGUUCCAAGUGAUGCUCGAGAGUAUCUCAAAGGGAACAGGCAGCAAUAUUUCCGAGCUUACAGACGAAACUCAGUUGAUCGAGUUGGGAGUUGACUCCAUCAUGGGGAUUGAAAUUGCGGCCAGAGUGAACAGCAUUACCGGCCUGGACAUUCUGCCCUCCUUUGUGAUCGAGUAUUCCACAAUCGGUCAGCUGCGCAAAGCAUUUGCCCAUCCAAAAGAACACGCGGCAGCCGCUGAAGCCAGCGCAGACAUAUCUGACUUUUCGGUUAUGAGCGGUACGCCCGAAUCCUCGAACGGCUCAAGACAUGAAAGCUCGGCAGCAGACCCUGAUAGCAUGACGAAGAUAACCACACCUGAUAUGGAAGUUGCAGAAGAUCUCGUAAUCGUUUCCGCUCCAGACGACGAGAAGUCUAUAACUCCAAGUACUAGGGUUACACUUUUGCAGGGUCGUCCGUCGAGUGGAAAGCAACCGUUCUACCUCAUAGCUGAUGGCACCGGCAGUAUUGCCACAUACAUACAUCUGCCUGCGUUAAAAUCAAAGAUACCUGUCUAUGGUAUCGACUCACCAUACCUUCGCUGUCCGAGCCAACUCACUUCCAAGGUGGGCAUACCGGGCGCCGCAAAGCACAUCGUGGAGGCUCUAGUAAAGUUCCAGCCGCAGGGUCCCUUCUCUAUCGGCGGAUUCUCCGGUGGUUCCAUGCUGGCAUAUGAGGUAUGUCGACAGUUGGGUAUGGAGGGACGCACCGUGGACAGCCUCUUGCUUAUAGACAUGUGCUGCCCUCGCCCACCCGGAGCAGAGGACAAAGCCGAAGUCGGUUGGAGGGUCUACGAGAGUAUAGCUGCGCAGGGUGGCCUCUGGAGUGCUUCGGAGAGUACCCAGCAACAUCUGCGCGCAGUCUUUGCCAGUGUCGCUGCGUAUCAUCCGUCACCACUACCGAUUCAACUGAGGCCUAAGCGUACGGCCAUUAUCUGGGCCCGAAAAGGCUUGAUUGAUCGGUGCUCUGGUGAUUCGGAGCUGAUGGCGCUGCUAAGAAAAUCGAAUAUUCCUACGGAGGCUUUUGAUGGAUUCAUGGAGGAUGCAAGAAUGGGCGCAAUUGCUUGGGGUCUACCACACAAGACGCCUGCAGACCUGGGACCCAAUGGAUGGGAGCGGUAUGUUGGAGAGGCAUAUUGUCUGUCUGUCGAUGCAGACCAUCUCGAAAUGCCAAUGCCAGGACAUGUGCACCUGCUUCACGGGGCAAUUGAGGAUGCUCUCACAUACUUUGGCAGUUGUUGACCCGAGUCGAGAGGUCCUCGAGCUAGUUAGAAAAUCUUGCGACCUUGUUGUUGUGAGCAACCCUGUACUCUUGUUUCAGUUCUGUUAAAGCCUUCUAUUAACUCCUUCACUACGCUAGAGUACGCUACGUUAAGCGUCUCUUUUGGGAGGUGGUGGUGUUCGCCUAGUUAUCAAGUCUAAUAAAUUAGCGACGGUCACUAGUACGGCGGACUAUAUCUAGGUAAAGUGCAAAAACUUAGAACAACAAUCUAAGCAUAGAUUUUAAAAACAAAAAUAUAUUUUCUAAACCCU